GCCCUGUGCUCACUUCCUCCUACAACAGCAGCAGGGUGUAAACGUUUGGAUUGUUGAUUUUCGAGGGAAACACAUGGAAUAAAUUACGUUUCAGCGCGGAUCUACACAGGCGAGAAAGGAUGUUUUUUAUUUUCCUGCUGAUCAUAGCGAACGUAACCACUGUCAUAUCUCUCCCAGGUGUUGAUACGGAAACACAUCUGGACUGCACCAACGACUAUGACGAACAUAUGUUUUGUGAGUUUAAAGCGCAGAACUGCUCUGAAUAUAAUGUGUCUCUCUCCACCAACGAGGGUAUACAAUGGCAGUCCCACAGAAGUUGCAUUCCCAAGCAGUGUGGUUCCCAGUGUUGUUGCUCCUUCGAAACGAUACUUGUUCCCGGAGAGACUCACACAGUAGAGGUUCGGAGAGGAAACCAAAGAGUGCAGUCAAAAAUCUUCGAUGUCACACAAAGCAUUAAGCCCAAAGUCCCAACAAUCAUCUCAGUAGACGAAGUCAACGGGAAUUUUCAAGUCAAGUGGAAAAACAACAUGCAGGGAUUUUUCGAAAGCAGCUUGACUGCUGAAGUGAUGUACCGUAAAAAAGGAGAUACAGAAAAUGUCACUAAGUCGUUCAAACCACAAACCAUGGACAACCUGAAUAUCUAUGAAAUAUCCGGUGAAGAUUUAAAGCCAAGCACGACAUAUGUUGUCACUGUGAGGAGCUACACUAAUCGCAGCGGCAAGUUUAGUGACAGCAGCAAAGAGGUGGAAUUCUCAACCCGUGUUGAUACGGAAACACAUCUGGACUGCACCAACGACUAUCACGAACAUAUGUUUUGUGAGUUUAAAGCGCAGAACUGCUCUGAAUAUAAUGUGUCUCUCUCCACCAACGAGGGGACACAAUUGCAGUCCCACGGAAAUUGCAUUCCCAAGCAGUGUGGUUCCCAGUGUUGUUGCUCCUUCAAAACGAUACUUGUUCCCGGAGAGACUCACACAGUAGAGGUUCGGAGAGGAAACCAAAGAGUGCAGUCAAAAAUCUUCGAUGUCACACAAAGCAUUAAGCCCAAAGUCCCAACAAUCAUCUCAGUAGACGAAGUCAACGGGAAUUUUCAAGUCAAGUGGAAAAACAACAUGCAGGGAUUUUUCGAAAGCAGCUUGACUGCUGAAGUGAUGUACCGUAAAAAAGGAGAUACAGAAAAUGUCACUAAGUCAUUCCAACCACAAACCAUGGACAACCUGAAUAUGUAUGAAAUAUCCGGUGAAGAUUUAAAGCCAAGCACGACAUAUGUUGUCACUGUGAGGAGCUACACUAAUCGCAGCGGCAAGUUUAGUGACAGCAGCAAAGAGGUGGAAUUCUCAACCCGUGUUGAUACGGAAACACAUCUGGACUGCACCAACGACUAUGACGAACAUAUGUUUUGUGAGUUUAAAGCGCAGAACUGCUCUGAAUAUAAUGUGUCUCUCUCCACCAACGAGGGGACACAAUUGCAGUCCCACGGAAAUUGCAUUCCCAAGCAGUGUGGUUCCCAGUGUUGUUGCUCCUUCGAAACGAUACUUGUUUCCGGAGAGACUCACACAGUAGAGGUUCGGAGAGGAAACCAAAGAGUGCAGUCAAAAAUCUUCGAUGUCACACAAAGCAUUAAGCCCAAAGUCCCAACAAUCAUCUCAGUAGACGAAGUCAACGGGAAUUUUCAAGUCAAGUGGAAAAACAACAUGCAGGGAUUUUUCGAAAGCAGCUUGACUGCUGAAGUGAUGUACCGUAAAAAGGGAGAUACAGAAAAUGUCACUAAGUCGUUCAAACCACAAACCAUGGACAACCUGAAUAUCUAUGAAAUAUCCGGUGAAGAUUUAAAGCCAAGCACGACAUAUGUUGUCACUGUGAGGAGCUACACUAAUCGCAGCGGCAAGUUUAGUGACAGCAGCAAAGAGGUGGAAUUCUCAACCCCUGCCUCCCAUUAUGCCCUGCUCUUGGGUCUCAUCCUCGGCCUCAGUAUUGCUGCAGUCCUCAUCGCCACUGCUGCAUUUUACUGUUUUGUAAAGGUGAGGAGGACAUGGGACAAUUGUCCAAAUCCCAAACUUCCUAUUUUACGUCCAUAUGCUGAAGAGCUCUUGAAGCCCCAGGCACCCAUCACCUCCUCUGUCAGUGUUGAGCCUCUUAUUCCAGAUGACAGCAAAUCCUGGUCAAAGGGAUCACUGACAGACUCUUGCAGCGGGAACUUACAGCAAAGCAGUGGAAUCGGCAGCGGCUCCUCUUGUCUCAGUUAUGCUAACACAGAAGAGCAUGACAUUAUGGCCAGUCGUCUCGAUGCCCUCAGUAAAGCGUUACCCGGUAUCAGCCCAGUAUCACCUCUUACCUCCAAUCUGCUCAAUAAAUCCAACCAAGCCGGUGGUUUAUUCUCCGCUCGCACUCCCUGUGGAGUGAAAGCUGUGGAGGUGAAUUCUGGAUCAUCAGACUUCGACAAUAAAAGCUAUUCAAUUCUCAUUCCCAACCUGCCGCAUCAGGACGGCUCUGAAGUCCAGACACAGGCUGAGAUGGUUUGUGACUCUGCGUACCAUCCUGUUGAGGGUAACAUGGUGACCUGCCCUGAUCAAGGGGCACCAGCUUGUCCGCUUCUUAAUUUAUCUUUGUCAGGUUCACCUCUAAUGGCUACAGAAAUGUCGUAUCAGCAGUGCAAUGCAGAUUCAGGGCGAUUAUCAUAUGAAGAGGACUCCAGUUUGUUCUCAAUCUCUAGUGACACCGACACAACCGCCUCCUGUGAUCCUGCGCCCAGAGUUGAGGCUGGGUAUGAGAGCGUUGACGAGGGGGCUAGUAGGACGACUGAGCCAAAUCAAGAAAGGAAGGUGGCCACUAUAAGUGAUGACAAUACCAGCUACGUGCCUGCUGGCUCACAAAGCUGUCCUCAAGUGGAUGAUGCCUACCAGCCAUUUCAAACUCUAGUGGGGCAGCCUGUGAGAGAGUAACAUCGAGACAAAUUUCCAGUGGAAUCAUUCACCAACAUCUCACUAGCGAUUCCAGGUUUCCUUGACUCUUCUCUCUGAGCUUCAGAGACCUUUUCUCUCUUUGCUCUCUGCUGACCUGCCUAUGGCAGUUUUCACAGUUUUAUCAGAGUGUGUUGCACUGAAUUUUGAUGCUUUCCUGUUUUUCCAUUAAUUUAUAUGAUUAAUAUAUGUAAUGUCUGCUUCUUUACUGUUGAGGAAUUUGGUUACUGUCAAUACAAUGCCAAGAUUUGUUUCCUCAUUUUGUAUUCCGAGAAUAGAGUCAAAAUGUAGUGAAUACACGUUAGCCCACAUGAUUGCAUAAAUGCUUGCGUAAAUGAAUUGGUUAAAUUGCACAAAAUUGUUUUUUAGUAACAAGAGAAUUCUCUUUUAGAACAUAAACGCAGUGUGUUGAUCCUUGUUAGUUCUGUGCAAAAAACUGUUCAUCGGGAGAAACUACACAAGCUUGAAAAGAUUGGUAAACGGGCAGCUUACAUUACUGUCAGUCACUCCUGUAACUGGAUUUGAUGAAAAAAACGACUUGACUUUAUUUGGGACAUUACCACUUUAUUACUUCACAUCCUAAAUUGAUUUAGUUCUAGUUCUUGACAUUUCCACUUUAUUCUCGAAAUGCAUCCUGUCAUGUUUCUUCUUAUGCCUGACCCUACUCUUCCGUAAUGAUGAGAUAACGUUUGUGCUUUAAAGAACAAGUAGUUUGUGAAUGCUUUGCUACUUUGGACAUUUUGUUAGAUGACAUGGUUUGUUUUGAUGUAAAACAUCUGUAAAGUUUGUACAUGAAAACAUUAUCUGUCCGAGAACAUGCAGUACUUUUGAGAGGAAAGCUUUUUUUAAAUGUUUGAACAAAAAGGGCCA